AUGCCCCGGCGAAAGAACCCUGGCUUCGGUGUUGUACCGAGAGACAAGACCAAAUUCCAAAAGAAGAAAGCGGAAGAAGCAGCUCACGAGCUGGCAGAGCGCAGAGCAAGGACGAAAGACAUCAACUGGUCGAGCACGGCGGAAAUGUUGACAUUGAUGCAACAAAAGGACAAAUUGGAGGACCAAGAGGAAUACAACAAGCCUGCACUGAGGAGCAAGCAGAGUAAGGCUGUGGCUACAGAGGUCGCAAGACGGUCCCUGGCAAGAUCCGUUUCGAGGGAAGAGGGCGACAAAAUCGAUCUCGGCUUCGCCUUACCUUCGUCGGGUAGUCCUGACGAGAUGCCUGGCAUGGUCACGAACUCGGAGAAUCAGGAGGAAAUCGACGCCGCACCUGCCGUAACGGUAGAAGACGUUGAGGCGCACAAACAGCUGGAUCCGAAGGAGGAGAGGUGGUUAGCGAAGUCGAGACGGGCGCGGAAACACAGUCGUGCUUCGCAGAAGAUAAGGUUGCGCAAGCAGCAGGGGCAGGCUGCCUCGGAGGUGCAAGCGGCUUAA